CCGCGGGUGCGCCAUGGUGCGACCGUGAGCGGAGCAUGGGGCGGCGGCUCCUCCGGGCGCUCCUCUGCCUCCUCCUCCUGGCCGGCCGCGGGCAGCUGCGGGACGGCGCCUCCGCCGCCACCGCCGCGCACGGCUGCCUGUUUGACCGGAGGUUGUGCUCCCCUCAGGAGGUGUGUGUGCAGGAUGGGCUGUUUGGGCAGUGCCAGGUGGGCUCCGUGCAGGACAGACCCUACUUCCAGAUCACCUCUCCUGUGCUCCAGCGCCUGCAGGAUGUCUUACGGCAUCUCAUGGCACAAGGGCUCUCGUGGCAGGACAGCAUCACGCAGUAUGUGAUCUCACAGGAGAUGGAGCGCAUCCCCCGCCUCCGCCUGCCGCCCUCGCUGGAGCCAGUGGCCAGGGACAGGUUCCUGCCCCUCCGUGUUGAGCCCCGGCGAGCCCCGCUUCCCCUAGACCGUGGCCUGCCAGCAGCUCAGCAUCUGGGGCAGCCCCCACCACUAUUACCUUCCCCACUGGUGCAACGGUACCUGGAGCACCUCCUGCUGCCCUCCCAGUCCCAGCUGGGCUAUGAGGAGGCUCUACUCAACCCCUACUCCUACCACAAGUUUGGCUACCAGGAUGGUGCUCACCAGCAUCCCAGUGGCUCAGCCAGGCAGAGCUCCGAGACCUCCUCGCUACUGGGCCGGGUCCCUGCCCAGGCCCUUUUUGGGGCUGGCCCUGUGCCCUCCUAUGGUGGACAGCCAGGAAUGGAUGGGGGGCAUCUCUUCCAGGACUUGGGCAUGCUUUCCCUGCCCAGAGAGAAAGCCAGUCGCCCAGACCCUGCCAGCACCAAGCUCCAGCACAGCUUGCGACACCCCAGUGACUACAGAAGCACGGAGGAGAGGGAGCAGCCAGCACCCUUGGCUGCCCAGCCACCCUCUACACAGACAGAUGCUGCCCUGAAGAGACUGGCCUCCCUCCUGGCCAGCUAUGGCCUCGGGCUGCCGGAGCUGAGCCCCCAGCAGCUGAGCAGCCUCUCCAGCCUCCUCCAACUGCUCCAGAGCUCUGGUGUUGUUGGCCCUGAAGUGCCCACAGUCAAACGGGUGGGUUUGCAGCAGGGUGGUGCUGGAGGAGGUGCCACAUCACAGGUGGGAUGGGGUGGAGGAGGCAGUCCACCAGGGCUCUCCUCAGAGGUCCCAGUUUCUCCCUUUCCCUCCCUUCAGGUGACAGAGGGGGACAUGCAGCACGGAGAGGAGCCAGUGCCCCCUUCCUCCACAAUGCCGCCCCCUAAAAUCCCAGCCAGCAGCUCCCCAGGGGAUGGACCAAAGGACAGAGUGGCAUCCUCGUCAGCUCCCCAGGCCGAGCCACAGGGGGCACAUGAUGGAGAUGCAGUCAGCCCCAGGAAGCAGAUUCUGGUGGAGAAGAAGAGCUACACGGAGACAAAGGAUGGUGGGGCACAGCGGCACAUGCGUCCACCAGACGAGUAUGGCUACAUCAUCACAGACCAGAAGCCCCUGGGGCUGGCUGCUGGUGUGCGGCUGCUGGAGCUCCUUGCCAAGCACCUCCACCUCUCCACGACCAGCUUCAUCAACAUCAGCGUUGUGGGUCCUGCACUUACCUUCCGCAUCCGACAGAACCCUCAGAACUUCUCCCUGACAGAUGUGGCCAGCCAGACUGAGCAAGUGAAGACGGAGCUGGAGCACGAGCUGGGCCUGAAGAUUGUGCAAACAGGAGUGGGAGAGCGAAACGAGGCUGCUGCCUAUUCGCGCCCAUCCCGCUUCAGGGAUGGUUUCCACUCGGUGCUGCUGACCUUCAUAGCGCUGGCCUGCGUGGCAGGCAUUGCCAUCGCAGUUUCUGCAGCCUUCUGCCUCCGGCGCCAUGCCAAGCAGCGGGAGAAGGAGCGCCUGGCCGCUCUGGGGCCAGAGGGUGCUGCUGACACCACCUUCGAGUACCAGGAGCUGUGCCGCCAGCACAUGGCUGCCAAGUCUCUCUUUGGCCGCACUGAGACAGCGGCAGCACCAGCAGAGACCUCGAGGGUCAGCAGCAUCUCAUCCCAGUUCAGCGACGCCCCACAGCCCAGCCCCAGCUCUCACAGCAGCACACCCUCUUGGUGCGAGGAGCCCGUCCAGUCCAACAUGGACAUCUCCACUGGACACAUGAUCCUGGCCUACAUGGAGGACCACCUCCGCAACCGGGACCGGCUGGCCAAGGAGUGGCAGGCGCUCUGCGCCUACCAAGCUGAGCCCAGCAUCUGCUCCAUUGCCCAGAGUGAAGCCAACCUGAAGAAGAACCGCAACCCUGACUAUGUGCCAUAUGAUCACGUGAGGAUCAAACUGAAAGCCGAGAGCAACCCCUCCCGCAGUGACUUCAUCAACGCCAGUCCAAUUAUCGAGCAUGACCCACGGAUGCCAGCGUACAUUGCCACACAGGGGCCACUGUCCCACACUAUUGCUGACUUCUGGCAGAUGGUGUGGGAACAUGGCUGCACCGUCAUUGUCAUGCUGAGCCCUCUGGCCGAGGACAGCGUCAAGCAGUGUGACCGCUACUGGCCAGAUGAAGGCUCCUCUCUCUACCACAUCUACGAGGUGAACCUGGUGUCAGAGCACAUCUGGUGCGAGGAUUUCCUGGUGCGCAGCUUCUACUUGAAGAACGUGCAGUCGCAGGAGACCCGCACCCUGACGCAAUUCCACUUCCUCAGCUGGCCAGCUGAGGGCAUCCCCACCACCACCCGGCCCCUCCUCGACUUUCGCAGGAAGGUGAAUAAGUGCUACCGGGGUCGCUCCUGCCCUAUUAUUGUGCACUGCAGUGACGGUGCAGGCAGGACCGGGACUUAUAUCCUUGUCGACAUGGUCCUGAACCGAAUGGCCAAAGGGGUGAAGGAAAUAGACAUAGCUGCUACACUGGAGCACAUCCGAGACCAGCGGCCUGGCAUGGUGCAGACCAAGGACCAAUUUGAGUUUGCGCUGACGGCUGUGGCCGAAGAAGUGAAUGCCAUCCUGAAGGCACUCCCGCAGUGAUGGUGAGGAGUUCUCCUCUCAUCUGUCUCCGUGCCCCCGCUUCAUGCUCUCCUCAUUCUGCCUUUGGGGCUGCUCUCCCUGUAAAAUGCUGUCUGUGCUUCUGGCUCUGUUCCCCCUGCCCCCAGGCCCCCCUUUCCCUCUCCCCAAGAACACCAACCUCAGGCCCUCUGUGUGCAGGAACCCCAUUGCACCUGCUGUCACCAGAGGGGACAGGGCUUGUGUCCCCUCUGCCUGCAGAGGAGGGGAGCAGGUGGUGCUGCUGGGAACUGGCGGGAGGGGCCCCCCAGCUGGUCUCCUGCACCCCAACCUGUCAGUCCUGUGUUAGCUCUCUCCCUGUACCCACAUGAGGGGCAGAAGUGGGCAGGGGUCCCCUACAGCUGAGGGGAGCACAGGGUGCAGGAGGACCUGGUGCAGCCCCAGGUCCCCUUUGUGUGCUCCCUGCCUUGUCACUUGAGCAGAAGAGAAAUUUCUAGAGAAAUAUAAUUUUGUAUCUUGAUGUGAAUAAAGUUCUCGUGUCACGUUCGUGCAGCUGCA